UCGAAGUGAAGCAGGGUGGAGGCUGGAACAAUCACUAAACAAACUUCAGCCGAGCUUCAAGGAGUGCAGACAUCCAGCUGCUGUCAUGGCUGCAAGGCUCCGUGGAUUCCUGCUCCUUUUUGCAUUGUUCCUCACUGGUCUGGAUGCAUCAAGUAACAGACUAGCUGUAAACCAGGAGCUGUCUAAUCUUUUCAAUGAGCUGUGGAGGCUGGAUGUGAAUCGUCUGACACCUGGGACAGACUACACAAUCUCUGUUCAGGGGAGAGCGGGUUAUGUAACGCAGGGAACCCAUGUAGUCCAGGAUCACGCCUCACAACCUCUGUUCUCCAACGUCAAUGAGGGCAAGCUGAAGAACAUCACCACUGUCUCCCGCUUCCUGACGCUUUUGGACAACUAUGAGCGAUCGACAGGCGUGACAGAAAGAGUGACAACAGAGGAGCUGACGGAGAUCAGCCUCUUCCUGGAUGCUGUCCUACAGACGGAGGUCAUGAAGCGGGCUCACAGGUACCUGGUGAGUAAAGGACAGUCCAGCGCUGACCUGAGGUUGUUUAAAAAUCAGCUCAACCUGAUCUGGUUCCACCUCUACCACAGGCAGAGAAACGCGGGCUUGGACUCCAGUGGAUUUGAACACGUGUUUGUUGGAGAGACGAAAUCUGGAAAUGAAAUCGUCGGUUUUCACAACUGGAUCCAGUUUUACUUGCAAGAGAAAAACAACCUGCUGGAUUACAAAGGAUACAAAGCCGGGAGGCACGACGUACCUGAUCACGACGACCACGUCCUGAACCUGCAGUUCAGCUGGCACAGUCUGGUGAAGCCUGUGGGCAGCGCCUUCAUCGGCACCAGCCCCGAGUUCGAGAUGGCCAUCUUCACCGUCGUCUUCCUCAUGAACACCGUCAGGAGCACCACGGUGCUGGUCAACAUAGACCAGUGCCAGAUGGAGCUGGUGGUCAUCCGACAGGGACGCUCUCUGGGGACGGCGUACCCCAAACUGCUGAGCAGCAACAGCAGACAUGUUGUGCAGCAGUCGCACUAAAAUGCUGCUAAACGGCUCCACUCAUGAAAUAAGAUCUUGAUCACAGUUUAAUGACUCGAUAGAUCUUAGAUGGCUAAACGUUUGCCAGGACAGUCGUAAACUUCAAAUAUUUAUACAAAAUCGGCUUUCUGGUCUGAAUAUUUUAACCAAAACACACUUAAAUCUUGUUUUUCCAACGUGUGGAUGUGACAUUUUUGUGCAUAACUCACCAUCAUUUUAUCUUUUAUUGAAAUUAAAAACAUCUGUUGA